GUUAUUAUGUAACUGUAAGGUGACUUGUGCUUAGCAUUUUUCUACCAGGUACUACUCCAUAAUACCUAGUCCAUGCGGACUGUUCACUCUUCAGAUUCACCGCCCUUUCCGCUCUCUUCUUGUCCCCCUUCAAAACGCAUUUCACAACGCGUUUCAAAUCCUUCUGCUCGCUCAAACUCCCGUGGUCAUGGUCUUGACAGUCUUCGCCAUCACCUAUCACCUCCGACACUCAAGCGAGAUGCAUAGGCCGAUGUAUGGCACUGCGUAUCACCAUCGACCGGCUAUAAAUAUGCUAUCUUGUCGAACUCACAAUCUGGCUGGUGGUCAGAUUCGUUGACAACUGUCAACUUCAUGAAUUCAUUGCAAUGCGCGCGCGGAUGGAACCCUUCCAACGGGACAGUCUACGCGCGGCCAGUGGCCUCUUCGAUGAGUCGAAGGAGAAGGCCUUCUUCGCACAGCGUCCUUGGAACGCUCUGCCAGAUGAUCGGUUCGGCAUCCCGGCACUGCGCGCUCGCAUCCAAGGACUCCUUAUGAGCCGCACAGAGAGCGAAAUCCCCAAGGUAAAAGACGAAAUCGCCGCCCGCCUGAAGUCCAAAAAGCAGCUAGCGGAAGCGAUAGGCGCAUCCCAUUCCACUCCAGAGGAGCAGAGGGCUCUACUCGGCAAGGUCACCUCCCGUUUUACUUACCAGUCAAAGGGCUACGCUCUCGACGCGUACUACACGCGCGACACUGUCUUCCAAGAGCAGCCUGACCUGAAGCUCAUCCCCCGCAUGCGCGAGCUCAAUGAACUCUUCUCCAUACGCUCUCGACGCCUCAUCACCCGCAUGCGCGAGCUCAAUGAAGUCUUCUCCAAGACCUUGCACGGAGCAGGACAUACGCGCAUCUUUGUUGGCAGCGAAAGCACGUCCGCCUCCGAGGACGGCCAGUCUGAAGAGGGAACCAUCCGCGAUGACUGCUACUACGUCGACUGCAUGCAUCAUGCUCAGGCUGGUUUCUCAAGUCGUCGACUCUUUGUUGAUCACGUCGAGGACUCCCUCUUCCACAAGGGAUACCCCAUGGUCUCAAUCACCAGCCAACGGUCGCAGCUCGACCGUGAAUUUGCGAUGCGUCACUUCCGCUCUGGAAACGCCCUCAUUCUCGUAGCCGCAGGAGUUGCCCACCAUGGCCAUGGCGGCAUCGAAGAGUACACGCACCGCAUUGACGUGGAGGAACUCGGGAAAUCCCUAAAGGGCAAGCAACAGGAGGGGCAAACCACUGACUUUGAAGUGGCCCUCAGUGUCUACCAGGACGACAUCCGCGCCGCCAGUGACCAAAACAUGACCGCCAGUGACCAAAACAUGGCCGCCAGUAUCGCCGAGGCUUUAUAA